UGUAGACAUUCUUGACUCUAGUGAUGAUUAUAAUGAUGUUAGAGGAUGCCUUAGUUGUUUCUUUGUGGGCCAUCAGAGGGAGCCCCAAUCUUUUGCAGGAAAGACUGAAACCAAGCGCCUAAUAGAGCAGCUUCUCAUGCAGGAGACUUUCUCAAGGGAAGAGUGUGAUAAACUAACAAAUAUUAUCAAAUCAAGAGUUGUGGACUCUCCCAUGCUCACAGGCAUGGGACAUGCAAGACUAAAUGAAACACCUAACAGAACAGGUGGAAGUGAUGUUGAAAUUCAUGAUCUUUGCAGUGCAGCUGUUAUGGAGGCAAGAAAAUGGUUAGAGGAGAAGAAGUUAGGAUCAAGUUCUAAGUCAGAAUUGCACCAUGAGACCUCUGCUCUGAAUCCUGUUACAUUCACACAUGGUGCUGAAGGGGAAACAGGAUCACCUGUGGAUGUGGCCAAGUCAUACAUGCGAACUCGUCCUCCAUGGGCAUCACCUUCUACAAAAAAUAUUGGAUUUAGAUCUUCAUCACCAAUUGGGAUGCCACUUUUCAAGGAAGAUACACCAUAUUCAAUUGGUGGCAAUUCCUUCUCCUCAUCCAAGCUGAAAAGGGGUUCUCCUGCCACCGGCUCAUGGAACAUCCAAGAGGAAAUACGGAAAGUGAGAUCCAAGGCAACAGAAGAAAUGCUGAGGACUCUAUCAUCCUCAAAAAUUGACUGGUCUUCAUUUGCAUUCGAACAUAAAAGUGGUCCAUAUUCAUUAGUUGCCAAGACCUUAGUACCUGCUGAGGAAGAUAACCCACAGAGCUCUACAAAGUCAGUAGAUGCAUCUGUAGACUUGGGUGCAAGGCCAGUUACACAG